GUCUGCUGAAACAUUUGAGGAUGGUUGGCGAUCCUUGAAGUCUUCCAUGUAAACUCUCUCUCGCCUCAACGGCAUGCUUUUUUUCACGUCCAAAGAGCGGCGGAAAUGUGGCUUUUUCAAAACGAUAUAUGUGUCUCAUUGGCUUAAAGGAUAGCCGUUAACCCUGGUUUAUGCUUGAGUUAAAAAGCUGUGCAGUAGUUAAGCCAACAGUACCGUUGAUAGAGCCCUGAGCAGCAGGGGAGAAAAUGAAAGUGUCACGCCUGCCAUCUCAUCUUCCCUCUUUCGUUGUCCCAACUCGGAAGCUGACGAUCAGGUCCAGAUUAACAUUUUUAACGGAGAAUGCGAAAUACAGCCGAGAACUCGAAGCAGCCGUCGAUGUCGUCCAGACAGCAUGCCGUCUUUGUGUGGAAGUGCAAAAAAAGCUGUUUUCUAAAGAGAAUAGCGUGUUGAAGAAAGGCGAUCGGACACCUGUAACAGUUGCUGAUUUUGGGGUUCAAGCAUUGAUUAGCAUGGAGCUAGGCAGGUUAUUCCCCUCUAUUCCUCUAGUGGCCGAAGAAGAUUCUAGGCAGUUGCGAUCGGACCUUGAAAAUUUUCAACAGAAUAGUGCUUCCAAUUCCCUUGUUGAGGCAGUAAUGAAUGCAGUUACUGAUUCUCAGGGUCUCCAAGCUGAGCCCCUGAAUUACAAUCAGAUACUAAAAGCCAUUGAUAGAGGUGGGAAGGCAAUGACUUCAGAAGGGAAGCCUGCAACAUAUUGGGUGCUUGAUCCCAUUGAUGGAACCCGAGGUUUUGUUAGGGGUGGUAAGGCUUUAUAUGUGGUUGGAUUAGCUCUCGUGAUUGAAGGCACACCUACUUUGGGAGUUAUGGGUUGCCCGAAUUGGGAUGCUGAAAGCACAUAUAUUGUACAGAAUCUAGCUAAAGAAACCACAAAUGAAAAUGAGUUAGAAGAUUUUAUUGUACCUGGGAUCAUUAUGGCUGCAUGUUAUGGCUGUGGAACAUGGAUAAAGAAAAUUUCUUGUAACACAAGAAAUGUGGCUCUAGAUGGAAGCAAGAAUGGAUGGUCAAGGUGUACAGUGGACAAUUGUGAUUCAAUCCAGGCUGCACGGUUCUGUAUUGCUGAUCGUGAAACAUGGGAACGCCUUCCACUGUCAAAAAAUUUAGCAGCUCGUGUUAUUUCUGUAGAUGGUGUCAAGAGCUGGAAGCCAACUAUUGUGCCAACUUGUUGUGGAAGCCUUUGUAAAUAUAUGAUGGUUGCUGCUGGGAGAGCUUCAGUUUAUCCGCUUCAGAUUACAAAACAGUCUUCUGAGAAGGUAUGGGAUCAUGCAGCCGGUAUGAUCUGUGUUCUUGAGGCUGCGGGAGAGGUAACCAAUUGGGAUGGAAGCAAUUUGGCUUUGUCUGGAGAUGGUGAUGGAAGACAAAAAAUCAUUCCAAGAGGUGGUGGUAUACUUGUAACGAACAAGAUCUUGCAUGCUAGAUUAUUGCAUAUGAUAUAGUUGGGGUUAGAAAUUAUUUGCAAAAUAGAAGUUAUUAAAAACCCAUUUAAUGUUAGGUAAAUUCUAAAUUAGGUUUUUUUAAACCUCACAAUUUGAGUUGUACGCCAUAAAGCUCACUUUUGAUACUUAAAUAAAUGGAGGAGGAAUUCGUUACUAUGAACUUGAUAUGACAAGAUUUCGGAUAUGCUUUUAUAUUCUCUCAACCUUGGAAAUUAUUCAAUUCAAUAUGUUUCUGAAUUGUGGGUAUAUAUCUACAAUAUACACAAUGUAACUACAUACAACGUGCCACUGUUUUAGACAGAUGUUUAUUCUUUAAGAAUAAUUCAUUGGUUUGAGUA